AGUGGCGCAGUUGGUUAGCGCAUGGUACUUAUACGACAGUAACUGAAUGUGCUGAUUAAGGAUGAUAUGAUUGCAAGCUAUGCCGAGGUCGCGAGUUCGAUCCUCGCCUGGAGAAUCUUUUGCAACUGUUGUUCGGUACACAUCUUGAAAGUGUCUGACAGCUGAGUUUGUUUGGCCAAGUAGCUAGAACAAUAAAUGGAGACUAUCAUAUGAUUACAGGGAGCGAUAACGUCCAAUUGAUUUCUCGACGAUUAAACUUGUAAGCUUCAAAGUGGCCUCCAUUCCUUCCUGGAAAAACAAAAGAGAUCUGCUUUCCCUGAAAACACUUGGCCUGGUGUUCAUUUUGACUUUUAUCGAUCAAGAAGCUUUAACGAGAUGCCAAACAUUCACGGCAGAGGAAUCAGAAACGGAGAUCAAUGACGAUUUCGUUGUUGAUCCGACGGCAACGCCAACGCAAUUUGAAAUUGAGCGUUUUCAAUCUAGAGGAACUAGCAAAUUUAGAGUCGAUGGAACUGACCGCACCUGAUGGUACUGUCUUCAGCGAGGUUGAGUAUGAAACGACCACAGCUUCGGUCACCGUAGACUUGGCGAUGAUCGGAAAUUGGUCCCUCAACGUCAAGUUAAGCAGCGAGCAGUUUGAAUUGUUAUUAGUCACUGUUAUAGCGCAGAUGCGUCCAAACGUUACGACACCAAUCAAAACUAAAUGCUGGGUCCCGCAAGCUGAUAUUAAAAACGCCGGUAAGAACACAAUUCCAGUUCGCGCUGAGGUGACGACUGGAUCGAAUGCGGUUGUUGGAGCCACGGUCAGAGCUUUUUUGGUGAAACCCAACGGUGAGUCGGAAAUUCUGGAGCUGCUGGACAAUGGCGUCAAUGCCGACACUGAGGCCAAUGAUGGCGUUUAUUCCAGGUAUUACACCAACGCCACUCAGAAGGGUCGGUACACGGUCAAAUGCCAUGUGAUUAGCAAUGAAGACACUGUCCAGAGUUCAGGCUUUUUUGGCUCUGCCAGCCCUCAGCUUCGCGGUAAUUUAAUUCAUGAAAACGGCGCAGGGACUCCUCUGGCCGCUUUUACUCGCAUCGUUUCUGGUGGAUCGUUUCAGGUGGAAAUACCCGUGUCGAGUUACGAUGCUUAUCCACCAAGUGAAAUCAGGGAUCUUUCUGUCACGUUAGUUGAUGAAACAGAGGGACACAUCAUGAUGGAUAUGAAAUGGACUGCUCCCGGUGACGAUCUCGAUUAUGGCACUGUUGCUUAUUAUGUACUGAGGUAUUCAGACACGCCGGACUACGUGAUAAACUACAACUUUGACGAUGAAUAUUCUGCUCGCAAGAAGCGCUCCGCCAUCAAAGAAGAUGAUCUCGUGGCCGGUUCACUCGAACCCAUCGAAGCUGGCUCCUUGCAAACGGCUACCUUCUUGCUAUCCGAUAUCGAUCUGGACCGACCUUAUUACGUGACACUACGGGCAGUGGACAAAGCUGGAAAGGUUGGGCAAGUCUCCAACGUGGUCGCUUUCUUUGUACCAGACAAAUUAGCUAUGCUGGCUAGGAAUAAUUUGGAAGGACCCGCCGGAUAUGAAACAAGAGAUAUCAUCAAUGUGAAUCAAUCGGGCUUUCCGUCACCUCGUUGUUGGUUGCAGCCUUUGGGCUUCUUUUGAUCGCCUGUCUGUGUGUGGCCUUAUUGAUGGCCAUCGUCAAACGCUCUAGAGCCUAUCCAGUAUAUUCUGGUGUCCCGACUAGUAAGGAUCAUAGUUAUCCUUGAAAUGAGUAUACAGACUCGAGGUUUAUUCAGUUAACGUCCCGAAAUGUUUCGAUGUUAGAAAACGUUAACAAGCAAUCCACGUAGAACAGUACCGAGGGUUAAACCAAAUUCAUUUAAAAGCAAGCUUAGUUUUGUAGGGAAGAUACGAAAAUUCUAGCGAUUAUUUAGGUCGAAACAGACAGGUAAGUGCUGAUGCAUUUCAUCCAACUGCCACCAUGCCCUUAAUAGUACUUGGAAAUUGUUCUUAUUCGUGACAUUUUCAUUAAAAUAGAUUCAUUCCGUAUAGUGGAAUCGAUUUACCAUGCUUCACUUGAAAAAAUUGCAAUGUAUAUGCCUGCCGGGUGUGUCCAUACAGAUAUAUAAACGAGUGUAAGCUCAUCAUAAUUUUCAAAACAAAAGUGUUCGUUCAUCAAUAGCCGUAUCCGCUGUAAUAGCCAUGUCCGUAUCCAGCGCCAUAGCCUGUAGAUUCAACAAUACAUUAUCCAUUUUAAAAUUAA